UCCCCAGCCCUUCUAGUUAGCUUUUAAAAUAUUGUUUUCAUUAAUUUAGUGGCCCAGUGAAUGUCUCUUUGUGGCUUCCACUGUCCACCUUACUCAGCUAUUCUCCUCUCACUUCCUGGCCACACGGGAACUCACUGGCAGCGCAGGAAGCUCUCUGGCCAGGCCCUCCUCUCUCUCCAUACAGUCCCGACACAGGCUAGCCUUUCUCCGGUGCUCACAAUCUUCUUCACAUCUAUUUUUAGUUUGCCUGGCUCAGGCUUCUUGGGCUAGUGGAGCAUAAGCCUUCCACUCUGCCUGUCCCUGGCAUGAGUGCAGCUGGUAAGAGCCCCCAGGUACAGAGGGCUCAGAAGUCCUGCUGUCCUCUUUCCUCAGGGGAGCUGAUGGCUCCAGGACUGAAGCUUGGUUUUUAAGUGGGCCAUGAGGCCAGGGGACCUUCUGACGGGCUUUCUGUUUGGAAUUGGAGGUGGACAUUUUUCUCUCAGAUGACAGACUCACUCCAACUUCCCCUCUGCCCUGGCUUCCCUCCCGUGAAGGCAGCUGUACCUUGUUUUCUUUAAAACCUCUUCCUCUGAAAAGCCGCCUGCCAUGCCGAGCGUGAUAAGUGCAUCUGUGGCCUCUCGGACAGGGGCCGAGCCCAGGUCCCCGGGGCCAGGCCCCCAGCCAGCCCAAGGAAAGGCCACCGAAGCUGGGGGCGCACACCCAGGCGGUAUCUAUUCAGCCAUCAUCAGCCGUAACUUUCCCAUCAUUGGAGUGAAAGAGAAGACAUUUGAGCAGCUUCACAAGAAAUGUCUAGAAAAGAAAGUUCUUUAUCUGGACCCUGAGUUUCCACCGGAUGAGACUUCUCUCUUUUACAGCCAGAAGUUCCCCAUCCAGUUCGUCUGGAAGCGCCCUCCGGAAAUCUGUGAGAAUCCUCGAUUUAUCAUUGGUGGAGCCAAUAGGACUGACAUCUGCCAAGGAGACCUAGGGGACUGCUGGUUUCUCGCAGCCAUCGCCUGCCUGACCCUGAAUGAGCGGCUGCUUUUCCGAGUUAUCCCCCAUGACCAGAGCUUCACCGAAAACUACGCAGGGAUCUUCCACUUCCAGUUCUGGCGCUAUGGAGACUGGGUGGAUGUGGUCAUCGAUGACUGUCUGCCAACAUACAACAACCAGCUGGUCUUCACCAAAUCCAACCACCGCAAUGAGUUCUGGAGUGCUCUGCUGGAGAAGGCUUAUGCUAAGCUCCACGGUUCCUAUGAAGCCCUGAAAGGUGGGAACACCACAGAGGCCAUGGAGGACUUCACCGGAGGGGUGACAGAGUUUUUCGAGAUCAAGGAUGCUCCCCGAGACAUGUACAGGAUCAUGAGGAAAGCCAUCGAGAGAGGCUCCCUCAUGGGCUGCUCCAUUGAUGAUGGCACGAACAUGACCUAUGGAACCUCCCCGUCCGGUCUGAACAUGGGGGAGUUGAUAAAGCGGAUGGUGAGGAACAUGGAUAACUCGCUGCUCAGGGACUCAGACCUCAUCCCCCAAGGCUCAGAUGACAGACCAUCGCGGACGAUUGUUCCGGUUCAGUAUGAGACAAGAAUGGCCUGUGGUCUGGUCAAAGGUCAUGCCUAUUCUGUCACUGGACUAGAGGAGACCCUGUUCAAAGGCGAGAGAGUGAAGCUGGUGCGGCUUCGGAACCCCUGGGGCCAGGUGGAGUGGACUGGCUCCUGGAGUGACAGCUGGAAGGACUGGAGCUUUGUUGACAAAGAUGAGAAGGCCCGUCUGCAGCACCAGGUCACUGAGAAUGGAGAGUUCUGGAUGUCAUACGAUGACUUCACCUACCACUUCACGAAGCUGGAGAUCUGCAACCUGACUGCCGACGCCCUGGAGGCCGACAAGCUGCAGACGUGGACGGUGUCAGUGAACGAGGGCCGCUGGGUGAGGGGCUGCUCUGCCGGAGGCUGCCGCAACUUCCCAGACACCUUCUGGACCAACCCACAGUACCGCCUGAAGCUGCUGGAGGAGGACGAUGACCCCGAUGACUCCGAGGUCAUCUGCAGCUUCCUGGUGGCACUGAUGCAGAAGAACCGGCGCAAGGACCGGAAGCUGGGCGCCAACCUGUUCACCAUUGGCUUUGCCAUCUAUGAGGUUCCCAAAGAGAUGCACGGGAACAAGCAGCACCUGCAGAAGGACUUUUUCCUGUACAACGCCUCCAGGGCCAGGAGCAAAACCUACAUCAACAUGCGGGAGGUGUCCCAGCGCUUCCGUCUGCCUCCCAGCGAGUAUGUCAUCGUGCCCUCUACCUACGAGCCCCACCAGGAAGGAGAGUUCAUACUCCGGGUCUUCUCUGAGAAGAGGAAUCUCUCCGAGGAAGUUGAAAAUAUAAUCUCUGUGGAUCGACCAGUGAAAAAGAAAAAACACAAGCCCAUCAUCUUCGUUUCAGACAGAGCAAACAGCAACAAGGAGCUGGGUGUGGACCAGGAGUCAGAGGAGGGCAAAGACAGAGCAAGCCCCGAUAAACGAGAGAAAUCCCCACAGCCACAGCCUAGCAACACUGACCGCGAGAGCGAGGAACAGCAGCAAUUCCACAAUAUUUUCAAGCAGAUAGCAGGUGACGACAUGGAGAUCUGUGCAGAUGAGCUCAAGAACGUCCUCAACACGGUUGUGAACAAACACAAGGACCUGAAGACACAAGGAUUCACGCUGGAGUCCUGCCGCAGCAUGAUUGCCCUCAUGGAUACAGAUGGCUCGGGGAGGCUGAACCUUCAAGAGUUCCACCAUCUUUGGAAGAAGAUCAAGGCCUGGCAGAAAAUCUUCAAACACUACGACACAGACCAAUCCGGCACCAUCAACAGCCACGAGAUGCGCAAUGCAGUGAAUGAUGCAGGCUUCCACCUCAACAGCCAGCUCUACAACAUCAUUACCAUGCGGUACGCAGACAGACACAUGAACAUCGACUUCGACAGCUUCAUCUGCUGCUUCGUCAGGCUGGAGGGCAUGUUCCGAGCUUUUAAUGCAUUUGACAAUGAUGGAGAUGGUAUUAUCAAACUCAACGUUCUAGAGUGGCUGCAGCUCACCAUGUAUGCCUGAACCUGGCUCAUCCAAGGUCACGCAGGACCUCAGGAGUCAGUCUCACCCAGGACAGCUAGAGCCACUGACCUUGAAGGGCCCUGUCGCUGCAACCUCACAAAGCCUCCAGGAACCUCCUUGGUCUUGUUUUUCCUCCACUUUGCACCACUGUCUUCAUCCAUCAUGGCCAGCCUGACCCUUGGGAGGCCAACUGUGUCCUGUUGCCACAUGAAGGCAAAUGGCUGGCUCAGGGGAGUGUGGCCUCUGACCGAGCAGACUGGGUCCACAGUGGGCUGUCUGCAGAAGUGCGUGCCAUGGCUGGGCACUGACUCAGGUGGGAGCUGUACUCACCUUCUGCCUCCCCACUGUGGGGGUCACCACAUUUCCCCCGGACCUGCCUAUUUAGGGUGGCCGGCUCUGGGGAUACUUUGGAUUUCUGACUCUGAAGUUUGGCUGCAUUCUGAAAAAGUUGAUCUAAAUAAAUAA